CUUGUUCCAAUUCAUCUUGACAUGGCGUCUAGAAGAUUAUCGAAGUCUGUUUCCGCAGCCAUCAAGGCACACAAUGCUCUUUCAAGACCUUCUAUCCUCCUCCGGUCUCGCGCCCUCUCUGCCUGUGCUCACUUCAGCUCGCGUUCCUCAUCCAAUUCCUUUCUUUUCCGGCCAAACUCCUUCAUCGGCGUUUCCGGAAACGGCAUAACUUCUUCAGCCACUCAAGCCGCUUCUCGUGGCCAACUUUUACCUCUUUCUCUCCAAUUCCCUUCUCCGCGCAGCUUCUCUGAUAAAUCAGAUCAGACUGAUGAUAAUGAUAAAGCACUUGAAAAAUAUGGAAGUGAUUUAACGGAGAUGGCUAAACAAGGAAAACUCCCACCUCUCAUUGGACGUGAUGAUGAAGUUAACCGGUGUAUCCAAAUACUAUGCAGGAUGACAAAAAGCAACCCUGUUAUCAUCGGUGAACCGGGUGUAGGGAAAACCGCUAUUGCAGAAGGGUAA